UAUAACGGACAAUGACUACAUCAUCACUAUUCGCUUUUUAUCACGUUACUACUACUGAAGAUUGGAUCUGCGAUAAUAUAAUAAAAUAUUAUGAUGCAAAAACGGGGCAAAAAAGAAAGGAAGAAAUUGCUGGAUCGUGUAAGAAAAGAAAAGAACUUGAAAUAGUGGCAAGUCCCGUUUCUGAGUAUGAUAUUACGUGCGAGAAAAAAGCUCAAGAAAUCCUGGACGAUUGGAAAGUAUUGUUUUAUUAGUUGGAUAGGGAUUUGAUAAGUUAAGAGCUUAGUCCAACAGUGACGAACUGCUAGUUCGACGCUUAGCGCGAGCUGGGACUGCUAGUCUCCAGUGAUGAACUGCUAGUUCGACGCUUUAGUGCAAGCUGGGACUGCUAGUCUGAAGGAAUGAGCUUUUCAACAGUGAUGAACUGCUAGUUCGAC